AUGCUGGUGCAAGAGUUUAAACUUUACGAGAACAUAUUCAUCGAAACGAAUAUUCAAUCGCAUAAUUACGAUGGCGUCAUCCUCAUCCUAUACCCCCAGGACCUGGUAGCUCUUCCGAGAGACAUCAACAGCUUCGUCGACAACAUAUCGAAACUAGACAAGCAUAUUUACAAAGUCCCUACUGUCUGGAACUGCGACUAUGUCUCCGGCGGGCGUAUAGUGCUAUCACCGACUGGUAAAAUAACACCAUAUAGCGAUGUAAGUGUCGUCCGUGACGCAGCCAAGAAAGGUAUGACGCGCGCCCUAGAUGCUGGAAUGAAAAAACCGCUUCUGGUGAUCGAGAAUGUAGUCAACUUCCCGGACGGCCAGCUAGUCGGUAUACUGGGCGCGUUGGAAGCGCUAUACGUUCCUCUUCAGAUCAGGGAGUUUAAAGAGUCCAAGAACUUCAUCCAUCUAGGAUUCCACUCGGACGAGAAGAUAACUGAAUCGUUCGAGAGGAUUGUACGCAACGCGCUAGCGCUAGAGCGUUCGCGGAUCUUCGCAAGGGAUAUAGCCGGAGGUGACCCAGAAAGGAUGUCGCCAGCCAAAAUAGUUGAGUACGUGAAGCAUUCCUUCGCGGGAGACACAAACAUAUCCAUCAAUGUUAUCGACGACCAAGGCAUCAUUGCUAAACAAUAUCCCCUAUUAGCCGCUGUGUCCAGGGCUGCCAAUAAUAUAGACAGGCACAAGGCGAGGGUGGUAGAAAUACAUUACAAUUCGUCUAACCCGAGUCGCGUAACUGAAACUCUAUUGCUGGUCGGUAAGGGUGUAACCUACGAUACUGGUGGUGCUGAUGUUAAAAUCUCCGGAAGGAUGGCUGGCAUGUCCCGGGACAAGAGCGGCGCGGCAGCUGUUGCUGGCUUCUUGAAGGCCUGUUCGAUACUCAAGCCACCGCAUUUGAAGGUUAUUGGUGUUCUCUGCCUUUGCAGAAACUCAAUUGGAGAAGAUUCCUACGUGGCUGAUGAAUUAUUGAUUUCGAAGAGCGGGAAAACCGUCCGAGUGACUAACACAGACGCUGAAGGACGGUUGGCUAUGGCCGAUUCGGUUUUUAAGUGCUCUGAAAUAGCCGCUAAGGAGCUGAACCCCCAUAUCUAUACUAUCGCAACCCUGACAGGCCACGCUAGGGCGUGCUACGGAAAUUACACCGCAUCGAUGGAUAACCACAGCGCGAAAGCGACCAAUCACUCGACCAAAUUGCAGUUCAGCGGUACCAGGAUGGCUGAAGGUGUAGAAGUUUCGACCGUGAGGGCUGAAGAUUUGGCGAUCAACAAUGGUAAAUGCAAGGGAGAUGACCUGGUGCAAUACGACACUGAUGCCAAAUGCCGUAACCAUCAGUUGGCGGCCGGUUUCUUGAUUAAAGUGGGGGGUUUGGAAGAUAACAAUAUUAAGUAUACGCACUUGGAUAUCGCUGGUGGAGCAGGUUUGUUCCCGGAGGAGCCGACUGCUGUGCCGUUGCUGACGCUGUGUCAUGCGCACAAAGUUUUGAAUAUAUAG